CGCACACUUUGCACGGGAGGUCCGAGAGGCAGCAGGCCAAGCCUUCGAAUCAUCUCGCCAUGCUCCGUUGGCGACAAGCCGAUGAAAGGGAGGUAGGUCGAUCAAUAAUGAACGUUAGCACGAGCGAACAUAGCAGAGAUUCCGCCAUUGGAUUGCGCAAUUCAUGGCAUUGAUCAUCCUACAACGACUACCGGCAAAGUGUGCCGCUCUGAUCUGUCGUCAGCGAAUCCGCGGUCAUAUUCUAGGAGCUCUGAGAGCUUUUCUAUGGCGUGCUCAUUCCCGUGCAUGCGGCCCACUUAUGUCAGGAUAAGGUGGCAGUAUACAUAAAGCAAGUGCAUUGCAACGACGUUCAUUUGCUUUGGUCACGCAAUAAUAUUUCACACUGUUCACUAUGGCUCCAGGAAUCCUGACUGAUGACUUGCCUGUCCAUUCAACCGAGGCCAAUGGCAAGACUUCGUAUCCGACACCGAUAAAACCCACGGGAGCCCUGGAUCAGUUCACAUACGAGGAUACGACUCCGGCCAUUGGUCGCGAGUUUCUUGAUGCAAAUAUCGUCAACGACAUACUCAAUGCUUCCAACGCCGAAGACCGUCUUCGUGACCUGGCUUAUACCAUAUCAUCACGAGGCGUGGUGUUCUUCCGCAAGCAGGACAAUCUCACCAAUGACCUCCAGAAAGAAUUCGUGCACCGUCUUGGUCUAGCUACAGGGAAACCGAAGGAUUCGACACUCCACAUUCAUCCAGUGCUGAACAACACAUCGGAGUUCGGCGUGGGAGAUGCAGAGAUAUCACACAUCAGCUCAGUCGCAAGAAAGGAGAUGUUCAAGCACGAAGUCCAGUCGCGCAAGAACCAGAGAUACGACUCCGCUCAAUGGCACUCAGACAUCCAAUUCGAACCCGUGCCGGCAGACUACACUUCCCUCCGCUUGACCCUGCUCCCAAAAACCGGCGGCGACACUCUCUGGGCCUCGGGCUACGAAAUCUACGACCGCUUUUCUCCCGCCUAUCGAAAGUUCUUCGAAAGCCUAACAGCAACCUUCAUCGGCGACGGCUUCAUCAACGCCGCAGCCGCCAACCCAGAAAACGUCAAAAUCUACGAUCAACCCCGAGGCUCUCCCAAAAACACCGGCAAACACCUUUCCGCCGUGCACCCCAUCGUCCGCACGAAUCCCGUCACGGGUUGGAAGAGUAUUUACGCUCUGGGACCUUUCCCGAAACAGAUCAAUGAGCUAACGAUCGAGGAGUCGGAUGACUUGUUGGCGAAAUUCAAGAGGGUGAUUUUGGAUAAUCAUGAUUUGACUGUGCGGUUUAAGUGGAGGAAUGAGAAUGAUAUUGCGAUUUGGGAUAAUCGGAGUGCGUUUCAUAGUGCGACUUUUGACUAUGAGGGUUUGGGGGAGCGCUUUGGUUGUAGGGCUGUGGGGAUUGGGGAGGUGCCGUAUUUGGAUCCGCGGAGUAAGAGUAGGAGUGAGGAGUUGUUUGGGGGUGUCUGAGGAGGGGAGGCGGUAUGAGGGCUGUUGAGGUUUGAGGAGCUGUUAGGACAGCUGUUGAUAUGAUGAGCUUAUGAGAUGACAGAAUUUGAUUGAUGGCA